AUGGUCGCUAUUCCAGGAGGAGUGUUCACAAUGGGCACUGAUGAGCCUGACAUACAGCAAGAUGGAGAAUGGCCUGCUAGAAGAGUCCAUGUUAACAGUUUCUACAUGGAUCAGUACGAGGUCAGCAAUGAGGAGUUUGAGAGAUUUGUGAAUUCUACUGGAUAUGUUACUGAGGCAGAGAAAUUUGGCGAUUCCUUUGUGUUUGAGGGAAUGCUGAGCGAAGAAGUGAAGGCUGACAUCCACCAGGCAGUUGCGGCUGCUCCCUGGUGGUUACCUGUGAAGGGAGCCAACUGGAGGCACCCGGAGGGUCCUGACUCGAGUAUCUCCAACAGAAUGGAUCAUCCUGUUCUUCACGUUUCCUGGAACGAUGCUGUGGCAUUCUGCACAUGGGCAGGGAAAAGAUUGCCCACUGAGGCUGAAUGGGAAUACAGCUGUCGGGGGGGGCUUGAAAAUAGACUUUUCCCCUGGGGCAACAAGCUUCAGCCAAGAGGUGAACAUUAUGCCAAUAUCUGGCAGGGAGUGUUCCCAACUAAUAACACUGCGGAAGAUGGAUACAAAGGAACUGCACCUGUCACUGCGUUUCCUCCCAAUGGGUAUGGCUUGUAUAACAUUGUAGGAAAUGCCUGGGAAUGGACGUCGGACUGGUGGGCUGUGCAUCAUUCAACGGAUGAAGUUCACAACCCUACAGGGCCCUCAUCUGGGACAGACAGGGUGAAGAAGGGUGGAUCCUAUAUGUGCCAUAAGUCUCACUGCUACAGGUACCGCUGUGCAGCCCGUAGCCAGAACACCCCUGACAGCUCCGCGUCCAACCUGGGGUUCCGCUGCGCAGCAGACGUCUUCUGACCGAGCCCGCUGUCACACUGGGGCCCGAGGGGCUAAACUGCACCCAAGGCUGAAGAGAUGUGGGGACUGUCACUUGCUGGUGACACAGAGGAGAAAGAACUAGUGCUUAGGCUUCCUGCUGAGGGAGAAAAAUCCAACACUACUCAAUGUUGCUUGAAGAAUCUUCAUGUAUUUAUCUUUGGGGAACCUGGCCUGGACUCCUACCCUGACCAAACUUUUUGUUGGUGAAUUCUGUUUGUUUUAGCAAAGCGUACUCUGGACUCAGCUAGCACAAAGCCAAGGAACAUGCUGAUUGGGUCUUAAAGGGUUAAUUUUGUUUAAUUAUUCCUUUAGAAAAAUUCUUUAUUAAAUAGUUUUAUUUAUGUAUAGUUUGAAUUUCUACACUCAAAUCCCAUAAACAAGGACUUUAUAAAAUUCCAGACAGCUUUAAAAGAAAACAAGGAGUUAAGAAGACGUGAGGACUGGAAGACAGUACUGUUGCAGUGAAAAUCAGGUCCAGAAAUGUGCUUUUUCUGGUGAGCUACUUGCUCCUUUUUUUGAAGUUUAUCAUCCUCAGGGUGAUGAUGAUUAGAAAUGAUGUACAUAUUUGAAUAAAAUUUCAAGCAUUUAUUUAUGCUGAAGACUUUUUUUGAUGGAAAAACACUGGCACUUUCCUUUGAAUUUCUUUUGGACAUGGUGUAGGGUUUUUUUGCAAAUUGAAAAAAUGGCAUCAUUAUAAACUCAAGCCAGCAGGUGAUUUAACUUAAAUAGAAGAUCAUUAAAGUGAAAAGAUGGCAAAUGUAACUGUGCUUAGUAAGAUAGCUUUUAAAACUACUUUUCUCUGUUUAACCAAAAAAAAUAUCCCAACAAUAAAAAAAGCUCACUUAAUAAAAGGGGAGGAAUUUUAGCAAGGAGGAAACGAAGUGGGAAGGGGAGCAACCUCAUUUUGGGAUCUGGAUGUAUUUCAGGCCUCUGGCAGUAAUUUGCGCUGUCGCUUGCUCUAGGACACUGCAGGGUCUGGUUGCAUUUCUGUGCCAGGCACCUCCUUGCUCUCGGGAGCCCAAACAAGCAGCGGCCUGUGCAGUGAGCUCCUGCCAGAAGGGCUGUCCUUGGGAAGGUGUCACAGCGGGCUGUGCCGCCACCCUGACAGGCUUCCUCACUGCCUCCAAACACAGCCCUCUUUUCUGCAGCCUUGAGACCUAGCAGUGAAAAAGGUGGUGGAUCAACAAUUUUUGCACUGGUGCUAGUCUUCCCUAGCAUUGUCUCUUCUGUAGGAAGUUGGGUUUAAUACAACCUAGGGUUAAUACAAAUGUUCCUCCAUUUAGUGUUUCAUGUUGAAAAGAUACUGGAGAGCAUCUGGGGAGCUCAUCAACAAACACUGGUUGCCAGCAGUGUGUAAAGGGAAUUCUAGCAAGCAGAAAAAAACCAUUCCAGAACACACCGCUAUAACUUGGC